CUUACAUUUGGUGAAUGGCAACAUCGACAUAGCAUUGGCUGCCUACUUGUGUAGUCUGUAAAUGGCUUUAGUUUUAUUCAAUUUUUUUUGUGCUCAUUUUAUUAAUAGUGUUUGAAAUGACCGUAAAAUACAGUUUCAAAAUAUUUAUUUGAUUGUUUGUGUAAGAUAUAAUUUUUAAAAUCAGGAGAUGGCUCAUGAUUUUUUUUUGUCAGAAAGAGAUGGUGAACUGCAAUGUGAAAGGCUACUUGUUGAAGCUUCUGCCAAAGGUGAUUUGAAAACUGUUCUUCAGCUAUUAGAAUGUAGAGUCUCUGUAGAUGCUGAAGAAUACAACAGAGCCUUGUUUUAUGCCUCAAAAAAUUACAUGACCCCUCUUCAAAUGGCAGCAGCCAAUGGUCAUGCUGAUUGCGUUGAAGUUUUAAUACAUCAUGGUGCAGAUGUUAAUGCCAAAGAUCGUUUUGAUGUUACUGCUUUGCAUAUGGCUGCUGAAAAGGGUCAUUUAUCUUGUUUAAAGGCGCUUCUAAAUUCUAAUGCAGAAUGUUCUCAUCCCACAAAAUAUUCCAAAACAGGAUGCUACACAGCAGUGCCACAUCUUGGUGGCACAACUCCACUUCAUCUUGCUGCUGCUAACAACAAUGUGGAUUGUGUUAAGGAAUUAAUACAGUAUGGAGCUGAUUAUAAUGCAGUAGAUGAGCGUGGUCGCACAAGCUUGUAUAUUGCAGCACAGUUUGGAUAUGAAGAAUGUGUAUUGGCUCAUCUUAGGAAUGCUGUUGGAAGAGAUAUUUUAUCUCUACCAAGUUUUGAAACCUCUGAUACACCAUUACAUUUUGCUGUUAGCCAUGGUAUGGUUGAAUGCGUUGCAGAGCUCUUGAAAUUUGGUUCUGAUGUUAACCAUUUAAAUUUUGCUGGUUCUUCACCGCUUCAUCUUGCUGUUACUCCAACCACUGAAAAUGAGUCAGUAAGUAUGGAUAUCCUGAAAAUGCUUGUUAUUGAUGGCUACAACACUGAUAUAAAUCAACCUGAUAGUACCGAAUUCACACCAUUGCAUUAUGCUUGUUUUAAUGGCCGAAAUUGCUUACGAAGGCGACAGGAAAUGGCCAAAUUUCUCAUAUCGUAUGGGGCAAAUAUUGAUAUACAAAAUACUCGCCAUUAUACCUUACUUGAGUGUGAAUUAAAAGCACCCACAGAAGAAAUUGAAAUAUUAAGAUACAUUGUUAGAAGCAUGUUGCGUCUGCCUCGUUUAACUCAACUUCGUGUAGUACCUCAGAUUCCCUACUUGCCACCACGAGAAUUAUUUAAUAAUGCACAAAACCGUGAAGUCAUGGUUUUUGAAAUGGCUGUUGCUUAUCAGGCAACUCUGAGAGGAAACAGACUUGAACCUUUAAUAGUAGAUAAUUCUCCUAAUGAACAUAAACAUGCUUGGUAUGAUUUUAUCUCGUGCAAUCCACGAACACUGCAACAUCAUUGCCGUUUUGCUAUCCGUAAAGCUAUCUCCGAGGGCAAAAGAUCCUUGAAAUAUAUAAACCAGUUGCCUAUUCCAAGCUCGCUACAAUCAUACUUGUUCUUGGAAUAUGAUGAAUGACAGUGAAACAUAAUUUUGUUGCUGUGUCAAGCAAAUAUGGUGAAAUUAUCUUUCUAUGAUUAUUUUUUAUUUGGAAUUUGGUUGAAGUUUUGAAAGAAUAAUGGAUAAAAAAAAGCAAUAAAAAUAUAAAUUAAUAACAUUUUACUGUGAAAAAUGUUUUCCAUAGAAACAGGUGAAUUUUUAUUAUUCAAAUUUCACAAUUAGUAUUGUUAAUGAAGAUGUUGAAUAAAUGAACUCGAUUUUCAUCUCUUGUUAUUGAAAAUCAUUUUUGGCUAUUAUUUCCUGUAAGCAGAAAUUAAUUUUAAUUAUUUAUCUUUAUUUUCAUAUUUACUUAAUGAUUGGAUAAUUAUAAAUUUCUUGCUCUUGACAUUUUACAAUGCAAUGUCUUAGUAAUUUAUUAAAAGCUAUUGAUUAUUAUAAUAGGAGCAUAAAAUAAAAAAAUUAUAAAAUACAUUUUAUUCAUUAUGGUAGUAUUUGUGGUUUGUUUCUCAUAGAAAAAUAUAUAUUAUUUUAGUACCUUUUAGCUGGAAUGGAUCUAGAAAAUAGUUACAUGUAUGGUAAAAAAUUGUUACAUAAGUUUGAAUUAUUGUUUAGUUUCUUAGUUAUAUAUAUAGUUUAAUAUGUUCUUAUAAUUAAAGAUAUCUUUAUAACAUUUAGUUGGAAACAUUGCUAAUGUAUAUUUUGUUUCAUUGUAUAAUUAAUUUUUUUCCAUCUUUAAAUGUUUUAAUAGAAAGAUAGUGAGAUAUAAUGUGUGUGUGAUUAAGAAAUAUGGAUAUGUUUCUGAAGUCAUCAGUGGCAGAUUUAAGCAUCGUAUGACUCCCAGGCAAUGUACAUCAACAGACGCAUCUAAUUAAUUAUUUUAGUUUAAUAAUUCAAUAGAAUUUUAUCUUUAAUACUUAUAUUUAGUGAUUUUUUUUAGUAAUGUUGUAAAAAAUAUGCUUUUAUUGAUUUUUAAUAUGUAUAUCAUGAAGGAGCCAAAUGACAAAUGUAAUCAAAUUCUUGAAAAUAUAACCAUGGUUAUUAGUUAAUUAUUGUCUUGCUUAGUAAUAAAUGUAUUUAAUUAUUUACAGAUUAUCAGGAAGUAAACUUAAAAAAAUUAUAGCAUUAAAAAAUUUUACGUGAUGUUUCAAUUGGUAUAUAACCUAGACAUUUACCCGAAUAACUAACAUUUUAUUAUAUUAUGAAUAAGUAGUACAUUUUUUGGUGAAAAGGCUGAUAACUUUUUCUAAUUGUCCUGUUAUACCUUCACACUGCCAAGUUGGAAAUCUGCCACUGAAUGCAAUUAAAAUCUUGUUGGUCAAAAUUAAACUUUAAUUUAUUUUUUUUAACAUGUGUCUGUUUGCAUAUAACUCCAUUGUAAUUUUUUUUUAUGGUUAUCAUUGUUUCCCUUAUAUAAAUAAGUAUGUUAAUUUCGUUAAAAAGUGUUUUCCUUUUUAGAAAAAUUAAUUUUUCGUCUGUUUCAUUAUGUUUGUAUAUUUGUAGAAAAACUGUAAAUAUAUUGUUGAAUUUGUGAAAUU